AUGUUUAGUUCAGCAAAAGGUCGUAUUCCGGUAUUAGAUGACACAGAUACGCCAUCAACUUCAAAUUCUUAUUCUUCUUUUCUGCUGCUCGAAAGAAACCGACAAGAACAACUUCAGGCGUUGAGCGAGAACGAUCAAAGUGGGGUAAGUUGUCGUCAACAAAACUUACAAGCUUUUUUAGAGCGAUGUUGAAGUUACCGGAGAAGUGAUUAGAACAAAGAAGAAGAAGGAGAAGAAGCGCAAGUCCAAGCACAAAAAGGUAAUAUUUUAAUGAAGAAACAAUUCUAAUGUAAAUUUUAUGUUUAGCAUAAGAGAAGUCGAAGACAUUCAUCGUCCUCUGAUUCUAUAACAUCCUUCGGUUCAAGGCCACAGUCACCAGAAGAGGAAAAAGUAUGUUAUACUCAACUUGUACUCAGUUUGUUCAAUUUUAGGUAGAUAAUUACAAUUUUACACGAAAUGUGAAGAGGUUUGGCUUGAAAGUUCACCCUCGUGCACUUAUUUCUAUUACUCAGUUGAAUUCUGUUAUUGAUGAUUUAUAUCCUGGGCAAUUUUAUGAUCGAGAAAAUCGAUAUUUUAACGCAAAAACCGCAAGAAAAUUGGAAAAGCCGGCCAAAGAGCGUAUAUUCAGGAAGAUCAGGCAUGACCAGUCGGAAACUUUCAUCCCGUUGUCCACCGAACCAGCUGGAGAAGAUGUGGAAAGGGUGCGUUUAUUUUCUUUAUAUAGAACUUUUUGUUUAGGAAUCCAAUCUGGAGAGCUUUUAUACUGGAAUGAAUGCUGAGGAGUUUGAUAUUUUCAUGAAAGGCCAAAGCGUUGGAAUAGAUGGGCUGACGUAUGAUGAACGGAGAAAACUUCUCAAAUCGAAAUUAAAAUAUAAUCCGAGAAACAAGGAACUGUGGGAUGAGUUUCUGGAAUUUGAGGUAUGCGAUUAAAUUCGGCUGAAAAUUUUAUUAUUUUAGGAUAAAGAACUUGAAGAGGCUGCGAGGAGCGCAGGCGUUUCCGUCGACAGUUUAGCUCCUGUUUAUUUUGAAAGAAAAGUGGAGAUUAUUAAAGAUGCCAUUAGAAAUCUACCUGGACAUUUCAAAUUCGAAUUUUUAAUGGAACAAUUAUACGCCAUGUCAAGAAUUAAUGAACUGGAAAGUGAGAAAGUUAAAGAGUUUUACAAUAAGGUAAGAGCUCCCUCCCUUAUCCUAAUUUGUUUUCCUUCAGCUCAAAUCUUCGUAUCCAAAUCAACCGGAAGUCUCCAGAUUUGCAAUUCGAGUCAAUCUGACCGAUCGUUUCCAGCUGAACAGAGUUGUAAGUUCUUUAUAUACCAUAUAAUGAAAUAAUUGUUUAGAUCUCGUUAUACGAUGAGACCAUAGUCAGAAUGAUAGCCAUUAACAACGGGACCUUCGUUUCUCAUUGUGCCCUCCCCAGCACUCCUGGUUAUGUUGUGGAAUUGAUAAGAAAUAGGUGUAGAUUGCUAAUUGAAGCCGGCUAUUUACAUCGAGCUUUGGCCAUGACCCAAGCCGUCAUCGAGUACUAUUGUUUUCCUCCAAAAGAUGUGAAAAAUGCCACAAAUUCUGUUAAGAUAAAAAGGUUUUUGACAUUCUGGGAGAGCGGAGCACCUCGAAUAGGAGAUGACGGGGCUAAAGGUAAGCUCUUUUCUAUUGUUGGUAUUUACUUUUUUUAGGAUGGAUGAAUACCCGAAUCAGUGAGAUCGACUUGAAAGUAUUCAGAGAAGAAGAGAAACAGAAUAUUUUGAUGGAAUAUGAAGAACAAUCAGCGGCUGAGAGGAGUUUAAUCUCACCGGUUUACGGAUCUACCUGGAAUGAGUGUAUCUUUUGGAAUCAAUUAGAGCAGAUAAGGAUAAAUAUUUCAUGGAGACCUCUGAGACAACCUAAAAUGGGCGAGGAUUACGGGGUGGGUAAUUUUCACUUUUUAGUUUUUAUUAUUUUUUUGGCUCGAUUUGAAUUGGCUUUAAAUUCUUUAUUUUCGGCCAAAUGUAAAGAUUCUUUUUUCCUGGAUUCUAAGAGCCUUCCGUUUUGUUUGUUAUAUGAACGCAAUAAUUCCGUCGUCUUCAUAGUGAAAAUCAAAACAUGUCGAAAGUCGCCUGUAUCUCGGGAACGAUCGAAGAUAUGUGGCAAACCGGGCCCAGAAGGCUUACAAUUUUGCGUAGAAUUGGCUGGAAUCAGGAAAUCGAAAAAAUCCCCUCGAGGAGUAAAACCGGAGGGGGAUAUAUUUUAGAAUCCGCAAGCUUGAGGCAAUGCUAAAGCCCCAGAAAAGGUGAAAUUUGCCAAAAAAUAAAGGAAAUUCGAAAAUUUUUGAAAUUUAAUGGCCAAGAAUUUGGUUAAAAAAAUCAUUUUCAAGCGUUCAUAACUCCCUCCCUCUAUAAUGAAAAAUUCAAAAAUGUAAAAACGUGAAAGGGCUUGAACUUGAGCAUCCACAGCCAUAUUAAACGACAGUUCGAGCUUUUUGUUCAACGUUGCAACGCGUUGCAUCCCAUUUUCAGUCAGACAACGACCAAAAAAAGUUAACUAAAAGAAGUUUUAUGCUUGUUGUUAAAUUGUGUAAUAGGUAGUUUCAAACGGAAGAUUCUGAGGAAAAGGAAUCUUAACAGUUGGCCCAAAAAAUAAAGACUUUAUAACCGAUUCAAAUCGCACCUCAAACUGCCCCAACCUGUAUAUUUGUGUAUUAUAGUAUGAAACUCGCUACGUUGGGUUGUCAGACUUCGGCGCCAAUCUGUUGGAUCUUGGGGAGAACGUAAACGUAGAGGAGCUAGUGUUCUCAUUGCUCAGGACAAUCGGGAUCGUGGAUCCUAUGAAAGAAGACGACGGUCAUCAGAAUGUUUUCCGCGUUCUCUGUCCUGAAUACUCGUCUUCGUCAUUAAUUCCGAUCAAAGGAUUUCCUCAGUUUCAAUGUAACCUUCUAAAAUUACUUGUUAACUCGCCAGUCAUAGAUUCCGGAAGAUGUUUGCAAGCUCUGGUCAAGACGGUUACGAUAAAUCUACGGCUUUCUGGAUCUACGCCAUCCGAGAGUCUAAAGGAGAUUAAUUCAUUGCAUAAGAGUCUACCCAAGGGACCUCAAAUCGCAUCUCACCUGGCCUUCUUCUCCAUUCUGGAUAGUCUCGCAACUUUUGCUGGGUUACGAAGUACAUUUACCGGUGUCAAUACAGAUGAUUAUUGUGUAGGCGAGAAGAAGACGGCUCGUCAAAGAGUGGUCACCAGUUAUUUGACCUACCUGAAUCAGAAUCCUUUUAAUUUGCCGGCCAAUGUUCAGCGGCAGAUUGUAUUGGAGGCGGCCUUCCGUUUGUGCCAAAAGUUGCCAUCAAAGCACUCCAGAAAAGGAAAAUUUGUCAUCAAUCGGCUCAGGUUGUUGACAUUCCUGGUUGUGGACAAGAUCAAAAACUUCCUCGAUGUAGUAAGUCAAAGUUAUUCACCGCUAUAUUUAAGAAUGCGUUAAUUUCGGAUGAGGACAUCAAAACGGCCAGGGAUUUCUGGCAAGAUCAAUUCCAAACAUUUUCAACUCUUGAAGAGCCAGUCGGAGACGACGCCAAAUCGAUCAACAGUACGCAGGACAUUGUUUUUGAGCUGUUCUCCGUCUUUAUGUUCGAGUGUACUGGCGUCUCCGCCUUCACUAAUGAUAAUGUUAAUGGAUUUGUAGAAAAAUCUAGGAAUAGAAUUCAGAUUCGUCUUGAUUUUGCAUUUGAACUUGCUGAACAUCACUUAUUUGACUUCAAGGAAUAUUCGAAAUGGGUGGAUGAAGCCUUCGACAGAUAUCCAGAUCAGGUGAACGUCUACAGACAUCUUACGAACGUCUAUUCCGUCAAGAGUUGCCAUGAAUUGAGUUUGAUUAAACUUAACGAAAAAAGUAAGUAGAUCUCCUUGGUAAGGGAUUUUUAUUUUUAGAUGACUUAAAAAGAAAUGCCAGAUUGUUGUGCAGAAUCGCGGCGGUCUACAGACGACUUCAGAAAGCAAAGGAGAACGAUGAUGAAGUAGUUGUGGAUGGUCUGGACACUUGGUUUAGGAAGUUCUUCGAUGAAUCCAUCAGUUUUCUGUCCAAACGCGGUGUUCCCGAUUCCUUUAUGUGGAAGUUCUUCUUGAAUUAUCAACAUGAAAAUAAUAAGACUUUCAAAUUUGAAUCAGUAAGUUGGAGGCAAAUUCAUAUUGUUAUUAUUUUUAGAUGUAUCCAGUUGCAAUGAGAGAUUGUCCAUACUCGAAGAGUCUAAUGAUGGAAGAAUCCAAAAGUCCCUUUGUUCUCGAACGUAUGAUAGAUGACAUCAAAUAUUUUGCUGAUAAUUACGGAUUAUAUAUAAUGACUCUUCCCGAGGAAGCCAGGAUUUUGAGGCAACAAGCCUCUAGACUUGUCAUUUAG